AGGGUAGCACUGAGAGGGAAGGAGAGAGAGGAAGAACAAACAGAGGAAAGGGGAAAAUGUGUGUCUGGGCUGUGUAGGGAAAGAUAGGGGGCAAAGCUUCAGCAUUUGGUCGCUCUUAAUCUCAGCACGCCCUCCUUUUUUGUUGCUUCCUUGUUCCCUCCUUUUUCGGGUCGCCGUCUUCCGUCUUCCUCAUCCUCCUCGCCGGAAAAAGCCUCUACCUUUCCCGGAAAAGUCUCCCCCUUUUUUUCUCACUUUCUCAGAUUCCCUUUUUUCCCUUCUUCUUGGGUAUUUUGAUAACAGUCUUUGCUGUGCUGAUCUGAGCUGAGCUUGGACUCAACUUGAUUGGUGAUCUGAGUACGACCCAGAAGCUGAGAACAGCUCAGAUAUCAGUUUGGUGGCGAGAUGAGCAAGUGAGAUUUUAGUUCUGCAUCCGAUUGUUUCGUCGAUUAUAAAUCCGAGCCCGCCGGAGGAAGCAAUGAAACAGCCGGCGAACGGCAGUUUAUCCGGAGGCGCCGCGCUCAAUUCCGGCGAAGGAGGAGAUAAUGUGAAGAUCAUAAACCCGGAGCUGUGGCAGGCCUGCGCCGGGCCGCUGGCGAACUUGCCGCCGGCGGGGACCCACGUGGUGUACUUCCCUCAAGGUCACAGCGAACAGGUUGCUGCAUCUAUGAAAAAGGAUGUUGAUGCUCAAAUUCCGAACUAUCCAAAUCUUCCCUCCAAGCUGCUAUGUGUCCUUCACAGUGUCACAUUGCAAGCGGACCCUGAAACUGAUGAAGUUUAUGCUCAAAUGACACUCCAACCUGUACCCUCAUUUGACAAGGAGGCAUUAUUGAGAUCUGAUCUUGCCCUGAAAUCCAAUAAGCCCCAACCGGAGUUUUUCUGUAAGACAUUGACAGCCAGUGAUACAAGCACACAUGGAGGUUUCUCUGUUCCCCGCCGUGCUGCAGAGAAGAUUUUUCCUCCUCUUGAUUUUAACAUGCAACCACCUGCUCAAGAAAUCGUUGCCAGGGAUUUGCAUGAUACUGUUUGGACCUUCCGUCAUAUCUAUCGGGGACAACCAAAACGCCACUUGCUUACGACAGGAUGGAGCCUAUUUGUUAGUGGGAAGAGGCUUUUUGCUGGUGAUGCUGUCUUGUUCAUUAGGGAUGAAAAGCAGCAGCUUCUCUUGGGCAUUAGACGUGCGAACAGGCAACCAGCCAACCUAUCAUCAUCAGUUUUGUCAAGUGACAGUAUGCAUAUUGGAAUUUUGGCAGCUGCAGCUCAUGCUGCUGCGAACAAUAGCAUCUUCACAGUGUUCUACAAUCCUAGGGCUAGUCCAUCAGAAUUUGUUAUCCCUUUGGCUAAGUACUACAAGGCAGUUUGUGCGAACCAACUAUCGUUGGGCAUGCGCUUUCGUAUGAUGUUUGAAACUGAGGACUCAGGAACAAGAAGAUACAUGGGUACAAUAACAGGAAUCACUGAUCUUGAUCCUGUUAGAUGGAAGAACUCACAAUGGCGUAAUUUGCAAGUUGGUUGGGACGAGUCAACUGCUGGGGAAAGGCGUAAUCGGGUCUCAAUCUGGGAAAUUGAGCCUGUUACUGCUCCAUUUUUCAUCUGUCCCCCACCAUUCUUCAGAUCAAAGCGACCUAGGCAACUAGGAAUGCCAGAUGAUGAAUCCUCUGAUUUAGAUAACCUUUUUAAGAGGACAAUGCCUUGGCUUGGUGAUGAUAUGUGCAUGAAGGAUCCCCAGGUUCUACCUGGCCUAAGCUUAGUCCAGUGGAUGAACAUGCAACAAAAUUCUUCCUUGGCUGGUUCUAUGCAGCCAAAUUAUAUGCAUCCUCCCUUUUCUGGUUCUGUUAUGCAAAACCUUACUGGUGUGGAUCUUUCUCGGCAGAUGGGCUUGUCAGCGCCUCAAAUACCUCAGCCAAAUAAUUUACAGUACAAUGCCCAGCGGUUACCCCAGCAAGUGCAACAGCUUGACCAAUUACCAAAGAUGCAGUCCACUAUAAACCCAUUAGCAUCCAUGGUGCAACGACAGCAACAGAUGGGUGAUAUGACACAAGUAGCCAGCCAAGCUCAGUCCCCUCUUCUGCAACCUCAGUCCCAUGUCCAAGCUAACAAUAUUCUUCAGCAGCAAUCUCUUACUCAAAAUCAACUUCAAAGAAACCUUCCUCAGAACUUACAGCAGCACCAACAACAGCAACAGCAGCAGCACCAACAAAUUGUGGGUCAAAGUCAACAGCAAAAUUUUAUGCAGACUCCACUACCGGAUCCAAUUAACCAACAAUUACACCAUUUCUCUGAUAAUCAGCUUCAACUUCAACUAUUACAGAAACUUCAACAGCAACAGCAAUCAUACUUAGCACAGCAGGCACUGCAACAACAGCCUACUCAACUUCUCCAGCUCCAGGACCAGCAGAGGCAAUUGUUGGAUGCGUCUCAGAGCUUCCCCAUGUCCUCAACUCCUAGCCAAAUGCAAGAUAUGCCUUUAUCAGCACCAACCUCACAUCCUCAGUCAAGAGAAAUGCCACAGCAGCUGACUAUUAAUACUAAUAGCCAGCCUAAUGGUCCAUUCUCGCAUUUACAGCAGCAGCCAAAGCUUCAACAGCAGCAAUCUGGCAUGCUGGCCGAAAUGUCGGGGCAUAUGGGACUUCCUGCAACUGGCACAUGCAAUCAGCUCUCUAGAGCUGGUAGUGGUAUGAUGGCAGGAGUUGCAGGAGCAGGGCAGUCGGGGUUAACAGAUGAGGGUCCCUCGUGUUCCACUUCACCCUCCACAAACAACUGUCCAAUUGUAACUCAACCAUUGAUGAACAACAGGGCUCAGCGAAACACAUCAACCGGAGAGGACAUGGCUCAGUCUGCAAACAUGGUUAUGAGCUCAAGUGCCUUAGAGACAAUGCCAUCCAAUGGAAACUUUGUGAAACAGCACAAGUCUGAAGUCAAGCCUUCAGUGAACAUCACUAGGAACCAAAGUCAAGGGACGCUCAACCCACAGACAUACCUGAAUGGUGCAGCUGCUCAAACAGAUUACUUGGACACUUCAUCUUCAACAACAUCAGCCGGCCUCUCUCAAAAUGAUGUCCAUUUACAGCACAGUAAUACUCCAUUGACUUUCAACCCACAGUCAAUGUUGUUCAGAGAACCAAGUCAAGAAGUGGAAGUUCAGGUCGAUCAGAGAAAUAAUGUUUCAUAUGGUUCUAACAUUGAUGGCCAACUGCCAAUGCCUUUGAGUUCUGAUCCUCUUUUGGAGAAGGGCAUGGCGGGGAUAGGAAAGGAAUUUACAAAUAAUAUCACUUCAGGAGGCAUGCUUGGAAACUUUGAAAAUUCAAAAGAUGCUCAGCAAGAGCUUUCUUCUUCAAUGGUUUCCCAGUCCUUUGGAGUUCCAGAUAUGACAUUUCAAUCGAUCGACUCCAAUAUAAAUGAUAGCAGUUUUCUGGAUGGUGCCUCAUGGGCGGCACCAGCAGCACAAUUUCAGCGGUUGCGAACGUACACCAAGGUGUACAAACGUGGAGCUGUUGGGAGAUCUAUAGAUAUUACACGCUACUCUGGUUAUGAUGAGCUGAAGCAUGAUCUGGCUCGUCGGUUUGGUAUAGAAGGACAGCUAGAGGACCGAGGGAGAGUUGGUUGGAAACUAGUCUAUGUAGAUCAUGAGAAUGAUGUUCUGCUAGUUGGAGAUGACCCUUGGGAGGAGUUUGUGAACUGUGUUCGGUGCAUCAAGAUUCUGUCCCCGCAAGAAGUCCAGCAGAUGAGCUUGGAUGGAGAUUUUGGGGGCAAUGCAGUGCUCCCAAAUCAAGCUUGCAGCAGCUCUGAUGGCGGAAAUGCCUAGUAUAGUGUACGAAACUGCUGACAAUUUUUUCUUCCUCAUAGGAGCUUUAAUGUUGUAUGGGAAAUAUCUUUCAUGGUGAUCAGCAACGCACAAGACCAAACUUUGGUCUUUGUGGUCACUUGCCGCUUGCCACUUGCCACUUGCCACUCUGGAGCAUGCUAAGUUAAGAAGUGAUCUUCUGAUAUUCAGUGGUUUCUAGCUUUGGCACAGCUCUAACAUAAGCACCGGAUGAAGCUGAAGUUCUUGAAAGUAGUAUCCGUAUACGAAUUUCGUGAUGUUUCUAGUAGAAUAUGUUGAGGGGAGGGCCGAUUUCACGCCUACUGAAGAGCCUGUUAUGGUACACUUGUAUUUCCAUAAUGCUGUUGUAAAAUCAGUAUCAAAGUUAAUUAGUGAUUUAGUGUUUGAAUUUUUUCAAGUUCGUUGUAAAAAUCAGUAUCAGAA